AUGUCGCGUUUUGUGUCAGCUGGUACUGAUGCCGACUCCAGGCCUCAGCUGACAGAUGAUGCUUGGGCGCAAGCUCGCCAGGAGGUUGAAGCUAAACAACAAAUCAAGUCUGCCAACCAAAACAGAGAAAGUGGAAAGAGUCUCUACGAAGUCUUGGAACAGAAUAAAGCCGCCAAGCAAGAAGCCUUUGAGGAAGCCGCCCGUCUGAAGAAUCAAUUCCGGGCACUUGACGAUGAUGAAGUAGACUUUCUCGACUCGGUACUCGAGUCUACCAGAGCCAGAGAAAAUGCAGUCAAGGAAGAAACCGCUGAACAGCUGGAUGCGUUUCGCAAACAACGCCUGCAGGCUGAACAGUCACUGAUUGACGCAGACGCCCAGCAUAACGAGAACUCGGGCAAUGCGGCCAGUUCUGAUGCCUGGGUGAUCAAGAAGAAGAAGCGACGUAGAGAUCAGGAUCGAACUACGAGUGCUGAGUCGACGACUGUGACCACGAAACUGAGAAAGCUUUCUUCGACAGCAGCAGAUGACAAAGGCGACCCCGUUGAUUCAGACACUUCACCUAUCACGAAAACACCAGUACCAGUGGAACCAGUACCUCAAAAGACCGGCACCACCGACACCCAGAUCUUGUCACCAGGAAUAACUUCGACUUUACAGCAACAACGACAGACUGCUGUACCUGUCGCUGCGUCUGCCGGACUUGGUCUUGGUGGCUACAGUUCCGAUGAGGAUGACUGA